GAGUUCAUACGAGGGGUCGGUCUGUCCUUCCCUAGAUUGAAACCAUGUGCUGAAAACCCCAUCACCGUCCCGACUGCGCAGUGUUGCUGUUUUUCUCCUCGCCAGCCUUUCACGUGGUGGAGUGAGCGGAGCAGGGCUCCCAGGACGAGGGGAUCAUGCAGAGGGCUUCCCGGCUGAAGAGAGAGCUGAGCCUGUUGGCCACUGAGCCACCUCCCGGCAUCACCUGCUGGCAAGACGCGGACCAGAUGGGUGACCUGAGAGCGCAAAUAAUAGGUGGGGCCAACACACCUUAUGAAAAAGGAGUAUUCACGCUGGAAGUGACCAUUCCUGAGAGGUACCCAUUUGAGCCCCCUCAGAUCCGGUUUCUGACUCCAAUCUAUCACCCAAACAUCGACUCCGCCGGGAGGAUCUGCCUGGAUGUCCUCAAGUUGCCGCCCAAGGGCGCCUGGCGGCCCUCCCUCAGCAUCGCCACUGUGCUGGCCUCCAUCCAACUGCUCAUGGCAGAGCCCAACCCGGACGACCCGCUCAUGGCCGACAUCUCCUCAGAGUUCAAAUACAACAAGCCCGUCUUCCUCAGUAACGCCAGGCGGUGGACAGAGCAGCACGCGAGGCAGCAGCAGGGUGACGAGGAGGUGCCCGGGAACCCGCCUGCGGCCGGCGAUGUAGAAGCACACGGCACAGCAGCGAAAAGGAAGGCGGAGCCGCCGGGAGGCCCGGGCAAGAGGUUCUGCGAUGGCGUCUAGGGCUCGGUCCCAGUCCCUCCCGGUCACUGCUCUCUGUCAGGGUGGCCCAGCUUGCCCGCCUGUCUCCCGUGUUCUCUGUGUAUGUGACGGCGCGACCGUUUCUACCUCUCCUAAACAGACCUUGUGUAUUUAUAUUUCCUGCCCUACACAGAUCCUCUAAGUGGAGUUUGUUUUAUUCCGCUUGUGCCUAUGUAUUUAGAAACCUUUUAAACCUGAAAAAUAAAUAACCAUGUCACGUGGA